AUGAUCCAGUUGAUCUUAUAUUUUAUUUUCAAUUUUCUUGGAUUUUUGGUGUUUUAUAAGCUGUGGUUAUUGCUGGAUAAGGUAAUACUUCGUUUUAUGCAUUUUAAUUUUUUUUUCAGCCAGAGCCUUAUGACUACACGACAAUUCCGGGACUAAAAUGCAAGGAGCUUGGUAUGAAGAGGGCUGACAUUCAACUCGCAGUAAAAAAAGGACAGCGGAUUAAUGAAUUAUCUGACUCCGUCGGAAAUCUAGCUGAUAUAAAAGAGCAUUCAACGGUAUCAGACUUUUUGAACUAUCUCAACGUUACGUUUGGCGCAUUAUCAGCGUUUUAUUGGGGACCAAGGUAUGUGGUCACCAUCACUGAUAAACAUACGUUGGAACAGUUGAGAGCUCACCGUGAACAUCUUGGUGGGCAAUCUUAAUUGUCUUGCUCGGUAACGAGAAUGUAUUAUAAAUAUGUAUAAUUUUAGUUCCACUAAACUACUUCGCAUUUGCUUCGGUAUUACUAAACGACGAAAACUUGCUGGAUGUCAGUAAAGCAAACGAAGUUAAUCUGUCAUACCAACACGCGCUAUUCCACAAUUAUAAUUCUUUAUGCGAUUCAGAAACUGUGUUAUCUGUUACAAAGAAGCGGCUAGAGGUUUACGAUAACAUUAUCGUGUUAAUGUUUGACAUUGAAAUCGAGCUCAACGCCCAUCCAAUACCAGAAAAUGUAAGAGAACGUCGAUUUUCAUCGGUCAUUCUUUUGCAUUUAGAUGAUAAUCUUUGCUUUCAGAUACCGCUGCUUUGCGAUAUGGCUCUUAUUUUACAAAAUUGCCCAAAAUCAGAGGUAGAAUGGUUCGAAGAUUUUUUGAGGAUACCAAAUUAG